AAGUGAUGGAGAGUUCACAGGGUGAUGGUCCGGGUGCUAGUGAAUAUGAUUAUGAUCUGGGCGAGGAAGAAUGUUUGGUAGACGAUGACAAUGAUAUAUCGUUUGGACAGGAGAUUCUAAGCCUUGAGCACUCCUUUGGGUACGAUUGCAAGAGGCUGUUCAAUCUCGUUCUGGUAGACUCUAACACUCUGGUCUUUGCCUCUGGCAAUUAUUUGCAUUACUUUAAUAUAUCGCGACGUGAGGUUACCUUUCAGGAAACCAUAUCCGGCUGUGGCGUUGGUUUUAUUACAAAAAAUGAGCAUCCCGAUUAUGAGGGUCUUUUUACAGUGGCGGAAAAUGGCCCAAAGCCCACCAUAUAUAUUUACGAGUAUCCAUCUUUCGAUGUACGAGUCAAAUUGCUGAAUGCCGCUAAAACUUGUUUCACUGCCGGACAGUACAACUCUACGGGCGAGUUAUUUGCCUCACAAGCUGGUUAUCCGGAUUUCAUAAUAACCAUUUGGCGCUGGGAAAAGGCUGAAGUUAUUCUUAGAGCAAAAUCGUUUCAGAGUAAUAUUCUCUUUAUUCAUUUCUCUGUGCAUAAUCCCAUACUUCUGUGUUCUUCGGGACUGAGUCACAUAAAAUUCUGGAAAAUGGCCAACACUUUUACCGGCCUGAAGCUCAAGGGUGACUUGGGACGAUUUGGUAAAACGGAUUUCAGUGAUAUCUAUGCCAUGUAUAUGCUACCGGAUGAGAAUGUAAUCUCUGGCUGUGAAUGGGGCAACAUGUUGCUAUGGGAGGCGGGUCUAAUUAAGUUCGAGAUAUGCCGUAAGGGACGAAAGCCCUGUCAUACGGCUCCCAUCACCAGGAUAACCAUGAAAAAUGGCGAAGUCACUACCGUGGGAAUGGAUGGCUAUGUGAGGGUUUGGUAUUGGGAGACGGUUGACUUGGCUGAUCCGCCAGAGCAUGAUCUCUUUGUUGAGAUCGAUCCAAUUUAUGAGUUUAAAAUUGCCGAAGUUGAAUUGAGAUGCAUGCAAAAGAUUUUGCCAUUCGAUGAGAAGGAUUUCUCCUACUAUGCCCAAGAUGGUAAAGGUGGCAUCUGGUUUUGCGACAUAAAUACCUACGAUGUCCCCAAGAAACCUCAACAGCUGUACUCUUGCAUUGGAGGCAAAGUUCUGGCAGCACAAAUGUCCCCAGUGUCCGCCCAUUUGGCGGCUCUCUCCGAGGGAGGGAAAAUCUUUGUCUACAAUUAUGAGAAAAGGAAAUUGUUGUUGGAAAAACAAUUUCCCUCGAGUGGUGUAGACUUACAUUGGUUUAGCAGUCAGAUAUCUGUCAUGGGAGUGGAAUUGGUGGCUGGCUUCGAAGAUGGCAUUCUGAGGCAACUAUUUCUGGAUCUGAGUAAUCCUCAGAGACCAACUUUGAAUCUAGUCAGGGCCAUAAAGGCGCAUACUGCUCCAAUUACACGUCUGACCAUAAAUAGGACAAGUUCACUUUUGCUUAGCGGUGCCGCCGAUAAGAGUAUCUUCAUCUAUAAACUCGCCAGAGAUGAGGACAAUUUGGUCCUACCUCAGCCACUGGGUUUUGUAGAAUUCAAGGCCGUUCCCAAUUGUUUUUAUUGGCACGAAACUAUAGCCAAUUUGGUGUUAAUUGGCUGCAAAUCUGGUGAAGUGAUUGAAUAUAAUGUCCGUACAACAGUCACCAGCGAGGAGACAUAUUUGUCGUACAAAAUAACCGAACAGGAUCGCAUGAAGACCACCAAGUUCGUGUCCGUGAAGAGUCGCCUUCGCCGUGACAUAAAGCGAGAGAAAAUCAAGAAGCGUAAGGAAAAGAAAAGGGAACGAAAAAUGCGAGAGAUUGAAAAGUUGAAGAAAGCCAAUCCGGGUCUACAAAUUGAUAUGGAAUCGGCUUUAGCCGAUUCAGAGCCAGACGAAGAGGAAGAACCUUUGCAUAUACCCAGUGUACCGAAUCCCAUACUCUGGCUAUGCUAUACAAAUCGUCAAACCAUCUGGGUUUCCAUGGCUGGCUUUGAUGCGGGCUACAUCUAUGAAUUGGAAUUUGGAGCUGCUGAGCCCACAAUAUGCACCAUGAUAGCGGAUGGGGAUGACAUUGAAGUGCACUCCUAUUGUGUUAUCGAGGAUUAUCUAUUUUUUGGCCAAAUGAACGGACGUGUGAGGUUGAAUCGCAUAAAUCCCGAAAACUUUACCGAUCUUACCGAAUAUCGCAUUUAUAAUAUGCAUGAUAACAUUAAGGGCAUAAUUCCUAGUAUAGCGACUAGCUAUAAUGGUGAACAUAUAGUUAGCGUAGGACACGAUGGUAAUAUCUUCCUAUACAAAUGGACUGGACCAAGAAGUAUCAAGGGUCAGUUGCGAUCAGCAUUGCCGCCAAUGCCCAAGCGAGUGGGUACGGAAGAGCCAGUUGAAGACAUUUUGGAUCCAGACACUCCAUCUCUAGAGCAGGAGAAGAUUAAUGCUGAACUUAAGCGGCAGCAAGAAGCAGCCGAAGCCCAUGAUCAAGAUGUUCUAACCAAGAUUGGUGCAUUGCAGGGUGAAUAUUUCAAAAUAAAGAAAAUGAAUGAUGAAUUGCCGCCCGAAUUGAGGGCCAAGCAUAAGGAUCUGUUGCUCGAUCCUCGCAUAACGCAGCAAAUUCGUCAAGAACUUCAAGCGGAAUUGGAUGAUGUGCGCGAGGAUCUGGCCUAUGACUUGGAAUUCGCUCAAGUCGGACAUCGCAAGUUGUACAAUCAUUUUCUAAAAGAACUGGAUCACAUACCCUUUGCCGUGUCUUCCAUACGGGCCAAUAUCGCUGACGUCGAAUCAUUUCGGUUGCAAUCAUUGGGCGAGGAAUUUGAACAAAUCAAACGAGACAUUGAGGAACGCUUAAGGCGAGAACAGGAACAGGGCCUUCAUGAUCUUGUGGCCGCCGAGGAUAAGGAAGAUUCCAUCGGUGAUCCGCCGCCGGAAACAUUUUUCUUUGGCCGUGAUCCUAGGAAUAUAACACCCAGGUUUAGUAAGAAGAUGAUGCGACUCCUGAUGCGUUAUCGUAAGCGCCAGAUUUUCGAAGUCCGUCGCCUAUUUGACUGGGACAAAUUGGAGCGCCAGAAACCAGAUCCGAAUCGCAAUCAUCCAGAUGAUGAUGCCCAAAUUGCCGAAGCCAUGCGUAAUCUUGGUGACUAUAAGCUGAAGAUUGGCAAAGACUAUGAACCAAAAUCGACCGAAACCCUGACCCAUAAAUAUAUCGAAGUUGUGGAGUGCCGCGAACGUUACUUCGAUCUGAUCGAUUCGUUUAAUCAGAGUUUAAUGGCAAUGCGAGAACGGAAAAAGGAUUUGAUGGAAUUCGUAAACGAGAAGAGGGAGCGGCUCGCUAACAUACAUGAAUUUGUGCCCGAAUCUGAUCGUGUAUUCUUGCAAGACAUCAAGGAUGUGGACAUGGACUUGGAAUAUCCCGAACUAAAUCUUAUAGAACAUGACAAGCCCGGCUGUGGGGUGAACAUUGAUGAUAUUUUAUAUUUGGAGAAAAGUGUAAAACAAAUACUGGCAGAGAAACAGGAAGAUGAAGCCAUGGAUACUGUCAGUCUAUAUAAUAUGUUCCCCCUGGAAUUGCCUGAAUUGCAUGAAAAAACCAAUUUUAGGGCCCUGCAAAUAUCCAAGGCAAAAGCUCAAACAAUUUCUUUGAGGCAUCCGCAAACAGUGCUGGAUGAAGUAUCACACAUGCCUCCACCCACCGAGCCGGCCUACUUCGAGUUGGAUGAAAAUGAAGACUCACCCUUUAACUAUGAGAUGCGGUAUCGCUGGCUCCGCAUGCACAACAUUGAGCAGUGGAAAAUCCACAUAAGUGUAAACGAGGAGGUUACCCAAUUCGACAAAGAUCUACAGAAGUUGGCCAUCAAACGAUUCCAUGUAAAUAUGGAAGCCGAAUUCAUGGCGGCAUAUCUAAUCAGUUUGAAUCAGGAGUUAUAUAUUUUACGGGACAGCGAGGAGAUUGAAACCCAAUUGCAACACAAUGCCAAUUCGGCAAUGAGCACCCGCAAUGAGAUUCAGACACAGAUCAAUGUCACCAAUCGCCAGUUGGAUGACCUACGCAAAAGCAUCGACAAACUGAACGAGCAAAUUGCCGCAGUUCAAUUGACCUUCAUGAGCACGGUGAAGGGUCACAAGUUCUAUGAUUUUCUACGGCGGAUUUUCAAAAAGAAAUGGCGCCCGCCCAAGCGUAUACGAGGAGAUGAUGAGUCUUCGUCAUCUGAGUCAUCAUCCUCAUCCUCCAGCGAGGAGGAUGGGGCUGAUGCCAAAAGUUUGGACUCUCUGGAUAUGACCACAAUUCGACUGGAUGAGGCGACAUGCCCGAGCGGCCUAGAACGUCAGCUAUAUGAAUUCGCCUUCAGCAUGCGAUCGGAUCGUCAUGACUUGGAGCGUUCCGUACUGGAGCUUCAACGUGACAUGGAUAGCAAGCGUAAAGACAUAGCCGAAAUGCACAAGAAGAUGAAACACCAUGAAUCUGUCUAUGAACGUGAAAAGAAUACUUUGCUUGAGUUUCGACGAAACCGUCAACAGGAGAUCAACAAGGUCAAAUUGAACACAGUCGUUCGCAUGGAUCAGCUGCAGCAUUUCAAGGAAGGCGACGACUAUCGUGAUCUGUCCAAGGCCAUACUCUUCGAUGCCGACAUGCUGGUAGAUCUUAGACGUCGAGCGGAUAAACUAAGUGAGGAAACCUUGGCCACCAGACGUUGGCAUCGCAUCAAUAUUGUUCAUUUGCGUCGCAUGAAUACGGACAUUAAAUUUAUGCGUUAUGAGAUCACUAGACUGGAGGAGGAAAUUAAGCAAGCCAUGACCAAGAGAUUUGGGUUGAUUAUCAAUUUAGAUGAACUGGAAGAAGAGGUUCUAAGAAGAUAUGUCUUUGACUUGGAAACAACAGCGGAAGAGGAACUGAAAUCGCUAGAAAAGGAACUACUGGAUAAGCAGCGUGAACUUAGUGCCUGCGAAGAGGAACUGGUGCAGGAGACGCAGAAUAACACGGAGAAGCUAAACAUUCUAACAGUUCUGCGUGAGGAGAAGAAUAUGCUUGAUGUCAUUCUGGACACACAGGAACGAAACUAUGCCAAAUGGACUAAACCCUGUGCACUUAAUCUCUCCUUUGAUAUUGAAAAGUUAAUGCGCAUUGACAAGCAACUUCUGGAACAGAUUGAGUGCUUGGAGCGUGAGAUCUGUGCCUUGCGAUUAAAGACGAAACCGCUGCAGAUUAACAAUGAACCUGAAAUGGAUCCUAUGGAACCGCCUCAAAUCGCUACCACAGAACUAUUACCCAAUGAUGAGGGCUUCGUAUGCCCCACAAUACUCAAUGUGGACGCCUUUAUGCUACCACCAAUGCCAGAUGAUUUUAUUUUGGAUCGUGUCCACACCAUAGUUCAGAAAAGUUUCAAUCGCUUACUCGGCCGACACACAACCGCCGAGAACAUAAGGAAAUUUGCACAACGUUCCUCGUUGUAUCUAUGCCAGGCUGCCUACAACUUUCAGGGCAAAUUUACUGAUCGCAUAGCGGAAUGCAUUACCGAGCACUUGGAAACAAUUGUGCCCAAGAAGUAUUUCAUUCACAUCAGUGCGGAUGAGCUGCGAAAACUGUUCAACGAGGUGGUCACCGUCUUCGACUACGAACGUUCGGAUGUGAACACCGAGGAGCUUAUCUCCGGAAUUUUUGAGCAUGCAAAAGAUUCGCUUUGCGCCCAUGCUCACAGUGACGAAUCGAAUGUGGUGAACCGCACUCAAUUCAUUGUGACCCACAUGUUUAAGGAACUGAUUGAGGUUUUGCCCUUGGAGGAGUUCCAAUCUGAUGAGACAUUAAAUAGCCUAGUCGAUGUGCUCGAACGGGAGCCCAUGGUGGAUCCCAGAGCCAUUGGUGUGGAAGCUCUUAUUGAGAGUACAAUGAAGCAUGCUGCCGAGAAUCUAUUGGACGGCAUUACAGCAGUCCCGGUUCGAAAGGUGUGCAGUAAUAUACAGAAGGAACUGAUCAAGAGGCGUCAAUAUAAACAGCCCAGUUGCCAGUCUCCUAUGUCGAUUAGGAUUGCUACUAAGAAAACCACGGGCACCGGUGCACAAUUUUAACUGGAAC